AUGUUCAAUAUUGAAAAAAUGGUUGGUGACUCUCGAGUCUUGCCAGCAACGAGUUUGGGUGUGUUUUCCAUUGGGUUUCCAAAUGCAUUGGACUCUUUGAAAGAGAAUUAUACUACAUAUGACAUAUUUAAGGUUCAUUGUUACUGUGUGUUUUUAACCGUCAUUUUAUACUCUUAUAUGUCGUUGCAUGAUACACACAAUUUUGUCAUGCACUUUGUUGAGAAAAUUCGUAUUCUAAAAUUUAUUCUCAAGUAUGAAGUUUAUAAAAUUUGUCAUGAACGCAGCAGCAAAAUUGAUAAGCAUUCUAUUCUACUUGCUACCAACGUGUUUAUUGCAAACUGGCAGGAGGUAUUUAGUUUGCCAAAAUAUUUAUGGAGGUUUCUUUGUCCUGGUGAAAGCACUCCCAUUGGUCUUAGAAAUUAUUUACAAAAGAUUCCAAAGUCCAAUACCCCAAGAUCGGUGUGCUUGAUUCUAAAAUGUACACUGCCAGCUUUGAAAGCUCCGCCCAAUGUACCACAACCAUAUCUUGAUUCUGAUCGCAAUAUAAUCGUUCCCGAGAAAAAAAAGGUGCAAUAUAUCAUUGCUUCACGCAAUGAAUAUUUUACACAGUGUAAGUCCCACGUUGCUGCUGAACGUGUCAGGUUGUUGAGGGAAGUUGGGCAAUUUAUCACAUGGUGUUGUCUAGUUCACACCAUGGAAGAAGUGAGCAUUUAUGAAAAGCUGGGAAAUUGUUGGGAGCAAAUAGAUUCAUCCAUUGAUGCUAUCAAAGAUGCAAUCUUGGCGGAAUUGGUCGCUAUAGCCAACACCUGUGACCCCACUGAGCUUUCGGAGUUUAAAUCAAUGAUGCCAAAUAUUAUCAUAAUAAUUGAUAAAUUCACCAAUAAACAAUAUGCAAUUGAUCUUGCAAACUUAUUCAGCAAUGAUGAUGAUCGUGACUAUGGAUAUGACUAUGAUUAUUACAAUUCUAGUAACAAUAACAUUAAUAGUAAUAACAACAACAACAACAACAACAACAAUAUUAAUAAUAAUAAUAAUAUUAAAGACAGAAAUAAGAAUAAAAAUCACAAUAAAAGUAAUGUUAAUGACAUGGAAGAAGAAAUUGAAAUCGAAGCUAUAAUAGCUGAGUACCAGGAGCAAAGAACAUUGACAGUAUAUUUGUGCGAUAUACGCUUGCGAACAAUAAACCUUCAGAAUAUUAUGACCAAUUGCCUGGACUUGACCCCGAAAAGCAAAGUAUUUAAUGAAAAUCUCCCGCCAAUUCCAGAAUUGAUUGUAAGUUGCAAUAAUGCGGCUAUGACAAGUAAUCAACUUCACGGCUACACAUGCAUCGAAAAAACUGCUGAUACACAAAGUGACCCAGUUGUCUAUUUUUCACACCUUAGAUUUGGUUUCCCAUUUUUCACUAGAGCUUUAUAUCGUUUUGUAUUGGAGUAUUCGACUGAUAUAAGACUAUUUGAAGAUGUUUCAAAAAAGAGUGGAAACUUCAAGGUCAAUACGACAAGCAACUCUCAAGACAAAAACAAAGCUGAAACUAAAACCGGUGCCAAGGAUGAAACAAAAAACAGUGCUAAAAGCAAUACAACUAGCCAGGAGGCGGGAAAGCAAGCACAACAAGCACAGCAAGCACAGCAAGCAGCAAAACCACAUGGGUUUGAAAUAAAAAAGCCGCCAUCCUUAAGUAUUAUACACAAUGAAUUGAGCGAGUCUACGAAACCUGGUGAUGCCAAAAUGCUCCCGGAAGGAUCGCAUAAGGAAGAGUUUUUGACCGAGAUCUUUGAUAACCUCGAGCCGUAUCUUGAUACAUAUUCUGUCUUUUCGAAAUUAAAGGAAGCGGGGUUCACUGAUGCUCAAGCCGAUUCCAUUAUUUAUUUACUCAUUUAUCAGUUGAACUCGAAAUUAUCCAAAUUAUCUACGAUAUAUGCUCAGCAAUACGAAUUGGAAAGCGAACAGUACUUAUUUGAAAGCGCUCAACAAGAGAUUCGAGUUGACAUUACACGAAGUCGAGAACAACACAUUAAUGAGUUGAUUACUUUAGUCAAUAUUUUGGAGAGAGAUUUCAAUAUCAUCACCGACGAGCUUAACAAUGAUUACUUAAAGUUGAAAAAUGAUUCUCAAGUUGCCAUUAAUGAGCAAAAGUCUGAAAAUACCUUAAAUGUGAAAAAGUUGUUUUUGAGGAUCCAGGAAACAAACCACAAAAUAACCACGGAACUCGACUCUGCGAUUCGAUCUGAAAUUGAGUCGCUUCGUUGGUACCUUUCGAGAUGGGGUUUAAUAACAUUAUUAGUAUCGUUGUUUCUUGCAAGUUUGAUAUUCUUCAGUAGCAAAUUUAAGAUGCAAAAGGAAGAAGCUAAAAAAGAAUUUGUUCCAUUGGUUAUUAGAGAACCUAGUGAGUACGAUGAAGAUGACUACCAUACAGAUUUAGAUAAAGCUAGUAUAGAUUGA